CUCUCUAAAGAUGCUGCGAAUGGCACACAGUGGUGCAUCUGGAAGAAAAACGAAAAAACAGCAAAUGGUGGGCCCGACAUCAUGGUGGAUGUUCUGAUUCCCUGCGCGCUGUCAUCGUCUCUAAGGAAAGAGAUUUGUGAAGCAGAAGUAUUCUUUCUGUGAAGCGAAGACAUGUUUUGACGUCAUCUCCUAACUAUACUACUGCGACGUCAUCAUCGAGUUGUAAUGUGACAUUAUCGGCCUAGAAAUAUCGCGAGUUAUUGUGACGUCAUCAGCAAAGGAGUAUAGUGAGAUAUUGUGACGUCAUCGGCAAAUACAUAUCUUGAGAUUUUGGGACGUCCCAGGCAAGAGACUCCGUGGGUCCUUUAACAAAGAGAUACUGUGACGUCAUCAUUAUGAGCUCGUCAGAAGAAGACGCAUUUCAGGACGCUUACGUCGCAGUGGGCAGCCUGGAGAGCGAGAGGUUUUUCGACGCUACUCCCGGUUCUUGGGCAGAAGAAAAAGGGCCGGCCCAUCAUCUAGUCUCUGAUCGUGAGCGAUUCCCUCAUUACGAAGGUAAUAAGUCUGAAGUUAAUCGUUUCCCUAUAGAUUUUAUUGACAACGUACACGGCGGUGAAACGUCAAGAGAUGAAGACGAUGAUGGCGACGAGGAUAAGAAUGAAAAUUGUCCUCGAGAAGGGAGGACUCUGACUAACAAAAUCGCUCCAAUAGAAACUAGUUCAGAAACGAGCGAAAGGGAUGGUUUCUACUCCGAUAUCGCACUACUAUCAGAAGAGGUGGAUAAAAACAGUGACGAGAGUCCUCGUCCUCGAAGUCAGGUUAUCAGAGGGGCAGAUACAAAAGUCAUUCACGGACCGGAAGAAACGGACGGAAGAGUAAAAGAACAGUUAUGUGAGGUCAGUGACCCUGAAGAUACAAACAGUCGUUUUAUUGUCGAUAGUUCGGAUUCCGUCAUUCCUCAGCUAGAUGCUGAUAGUGCACGUUUGGUAGCCGGUGUGCUGCAAACAGAUGACCAUUUGGUGGAUGAUGUGGAUAGUGUUGCAAGAGCAGGUAGAGUGACUGAUGGAUUGGGUCAUGCUGAAAGAAUAGACCCUAAACAAAAUGAUGAUGAUCUGAAACCAUCCAAUGUUUCGGAGAGCAAAAUUGUCUCUCCCUCUUCGACGAACGUUUUCCCAGGAUUUUCUGAGAAAAAAGAAAACGCCGUGAAGCCAGAUGAUUCAGACAGUGUGAGGUCUCCUCAGAUUGAGGAGCAGCAACGAUUUGAUUCGAAAAGUUCGCCUGGAUCUAUCGCUUCUUCAGAAUCAGAAACUGCAAUCGGGUCUAAUGGUGAGUCUUGUGAGUCAUCCCAGUCAGCUCAACAGGCCAGCUCUGAUGAGGAGUUUCAUUAUAAUAUGUCUGAGAAUGAGUUGAACACAUUUAGGGAUGAGGAUGACUUAUUACAUACAGCAGGAGACACCUGCGCUACACACUCGCUGCGCGUGUCAGGUGGGUUAAACAAGGGUAGCAACAGCACAGAGGCCGCACAGACACGAGCUUACAAUACAAACAACGAUGUUGCUCCCGAUUCUUCUUCUCAAAGGAAACAUUUACGUAGCAAAGAGACAGAACAACUUGGCUGCCUACCAGAAGUUCCACAACCGCGUCAUAUCUUGUCUUCUCUUCCCUCCCCAUGCACAAACUCUACCCACAAAGACAGCAGAGAUAAUUCUGUUUCCAAGACUCGGCCUUCCAUUUCUGGCAUAACUGAUGAAAGUGCGUUCGCUCAAAAAGCGCCGAAAAAUCCUUCAACCAAACUUCUUCAUAGCCCUACUCUCAUCCGAUACGACAGCCCAAUGGUGGACGAGCAGGCUCCGCCGACUCAGCCGUCUGGCUCCAUCACUCCAUCUGUGACGUCAGAACAUUCUGCCAACGUUCCCGUAGUAACCGCCGCCGCUCGCGGAAUGAAGAAUGACGUCAUCAAAGUUGGUGCUUCUACUCAGCAGAGUAUGGAGAGGGUUCAUGCUACAUCUUCAGAAGACAACAGCUAUGGCGUUGUCGAUGACGAAAGGACACCGUUGCUGUGUAGCCGAAACGAAAUCAAAGUGUAUCGGCGGCGGUGGUACGUUCUAUUUCUGUUCUGUCUCAGCGCCCUCUUGCAGGGUUUGAACUGGGGCACAUGGGGCCCAAUCACACAGUCUCUGAAGGCGGCGUUUGAUUGGACGGACGGGUCGGUGGCUCGGUUGGCUCUGGUUGGGAACACGUCAUACGUCAUCUUCUCUGUGCCUGUCUGUCUGAUGGUGGAGAGGAAAG